CCUCCCUCCAGGCACCCCAGUCGCACAGCGCUGAAAGGUCACACCAGGCGAUGAGAAGGGCACCCUCGCGCAUAGCUGCGGGGCAACCUGGCGACGAAGGACGGCUGGCGGUCGCUGGCACGGGUCGCCCCCCCCCAUGCGCGAGGGGAGCGGGCGGGCGGUGCGACGGAGGCUCGCCCGACGCUCUUUCCGCCCCGCUCCCCCGGUCCGGGUCGAGGCGCAGUUCGCCGCGCGGGCACAGGUUGCAGUGAGACGGGGAGGCGGAGGAGGAGAAAGCGAGGAGGAGCGAGGAGGACGAGAGGAGUGGAGGGGGCUGCCAGGAUGGAAGGGGCCCCCCUCGCCUGCGCCGCAUCACGGCCUGAUGGACAGCUACGGCCAGCUGCCCGAGGGCGCAGAGCGGGACGCGGGGUAAGAAGGUAAGGGCUCUGAUCGCGGGACGAGGGGGAAGAGUGAGUUGCCCUACGAUGAGGAGGUACCUCCAGCAUCGGCGCACGCAAAUGCGCCGGGGCCUCGACUGCUCGGUGCCUCCUGCGGGGAUUCCGGCAAGGAUGGCAACGUGAGCGGAAAGAGCUGCCAGACGCAUUUGGAUCUCGGAAAGCACGCCCCCACGCCCACGAACGAGCGCGCCGUCGGAGCGUGGAGGCACUCAUCAGGCCACGAGGGCGACGCCGGUGCCUACUUCUUCUUGCCCUUCUUCUUGCCGGCCUUCAGCUUCAUCUCCUCCUCCGCCUGCUUCUUCUCGAUGAGCAGCAGCUCCAUGGCCUGCAGCUGCGUCACGGCCGACUGCAUCAGCUCGCGGUCGAUCUCGUCCUUGUCCGCCGUCUCGACCACGCUCUUGUAGGCCAGGU